UCGAGCUUGUCCAUUUUCGAAUGAGAAGAAGAAAGACAAGCCCCUUGUUUGAUGUGGACACUAGACAGUAAUAUAUACAAAUGACUGUCUUCAUUACCGGUUUUCCUUCCCACAAAUGAGUCAAAAAUGGGCAAGAGGGACAAUCGAGUGGCUUACGUUAAUCCUAUUGCUGCUGCACGAUCCAGGGGCCCGGUACAGAACUCUGGACCAACCAUCCAGGAUUAUUUAAGCAGACCUCGGCCAACAUGGGAAGAGUUAAAGGAGCAGCUGGAGAAGAAGAAGAAGGGCUCGCGAGCCUUAGCUGACUUUGAGGACAAAAUGAAUGAGCGAUGGAAGAAAGAGCUGGCGAAGAACCGUGAAAAGCUGAUGGGUGGGAGCGACAAGGACAAAGACAAAAAGGCAACCGAGAAAAAGAAGAAGGAGAAGAAGAAGUCCAGUAGGCAUUCUUCAUCUUCUUCCUCCUCCUCAUCGAGUUCUGAUUCUUCCGGCAGCUCCUCCUCAGAAUCUGAAGAUGAGGACGAGAAGAAAACGGUGAAGAAAAAACGGAAGAGAAAGAGGUCGUCGGCCAGGAGAGCAUCAGAUGACUCUGAAGCAGAAUCAGAGGCAGACAGAAAGAAGAAAAAGAAAAGAAUCAAGGAGGAGGGUGAUAAUGAUAAGGAUGACAAGAACCGUCGAAGGAAAAUAAAAACUGAGCGCAAAGAUUCCUCUUCCAAGUCUUCUGCGGAGUCGGGUGGAGAAGAGUUUGCUGAAGCCAAAAAGAAAAAGAGAAGUAGUGAAGAAAAGGAGAAAAUUCCAGACAAAUCCAAGAAGAAGAGGAAAAAGAAGCACAAGAAGCAUGGCAGGAAAAAGAAGAGGAAGACGGCGUCUCCAUCCGACUCUGAGCUUGACUAGCUGUGUAACUUCUGUUUUUUUUGGACGACCAGAUUUGGACACGAGAGACGCCUUGCUGAAUCAUGUGCAUAUCUUUUUUUUUUUUUUUGUAGCUGAUGGACAGAACUUUUGAGAGGAUCUGACUGACUGAACUGUCCUUUUUUUGAGGAGUUCCACUUUGCUUCCUAGAUGCUGCUGCUUCCUUUUUGCCAGUUGCUCCGUAUGCUGAAAACCUGAUGUCACGCCAGCCUCAUAUUGAAGUUGGGCUUGUAAGAUAAAACACACCUUCGUUACUUGUUGCAGCACAGCAGUGCAAUGUAUGAAACUCCAUGAAUAAAAUCACAUUUUAGCCAUCAGUGCGGUUACUUAGGGACAACAUUUUGACAGUGUGCAGUUCUGUUAUUUCUGCAGAGUAGGUUAG